AUGGUUUCAAUCCUCAAAUUCCGUAGAAUAUUGUACACAAUAGAACCCACACGCAAAGAGUCAUACGGUGCUUUGAGACACUGUCAUUUUGAGAAGCUAUGUAGGGUAGGGCUUUUCUGGGAUUUGGAUAACAAACCACCCAAUUCAAUUCCACCCUAUGAAGUUGCCAAUAAGCUCAGAAUAGCUGCAGCUUCCUUCGGGGUUGUUCGCCAUAUGGUGGCUUAUGCGAACAGCCACACUUUUAGCCAUGUCCCUUGUGUUGUUCGGGAGAGUCGGAAAGAGAGACAAUUGUUGUAUAGUUUGGAGAAUAAGGGUGUGAUCAAACGUAAUGAGCCUCAUCUUUGUCGUGUUUGCGGGAGAAAAUUUUAUACUAAUGAAAAGCUUGUUAACCAUUUCAAGCAACUGCAUGAGCGUGAGCACGCGAAAAGGGUGAAUCAGAUAGAGUCUGCUAGAGGGAGUAGGAAAGUGAAAUUGGUGGGAAAGUAUUCUAUGAAAAUGGACAAGUAUAAGAAGGCUGCAAGGGGUGUUCUGACUCCUAAAGUUGGGUAUGGUUUGGCUGACGAGCUGAAACGGGCAGGGUUUUGGGUUCAAACCGUGUUGGAUAGGCCGCAAGCUGCAGAUGUUGCGCUGCAAAAGCAUAUGGUGGAAAUGAUGGAUCACAGGCGGGUUGAGUGCGUGGUCCUUGUAUCAGAUGAUUCUGAUUUUGUUGAUGUGAUAAAGGAAGCAAAGUUGCGAUGUCUCAAGACUGUUGUUAUUGGGGAUAUUAGUAGUAACGGAGUCUUGAAAAGGACUGCCGAUACUGCUUUUUCUUGGGAGGAAAUUUUGAUGGGGAAGGCAAAGAAGGAGGCUGUAUCGGUUAUGGAAAAUUGGAAAGAUCGUGAUAUAUUGAAAAGGUUGGAGUGGACGUACAAUCCAGAUGUGGAUAAAAAGAAACUCAACAUGGAUGAUACAGUUGCUGAAGCAUCUGGAGAUGAUGAUAUUGAAGAUAUCUAUGAUGAAAUUGAUAAUGACUACAAUGAUGACAAAGGUUCUUGGUGGAAGUUAGACUCCGAUGAUAAUGAUGUUACAAGUUGA